AUGGCUCAACCCAUCAUGGCAACGCUUCUCCUGGCAGCUACUGCCUUCCCCCUGCUCUCCCUCGGAGCUCCCCUGGCGGCCCCCUGCACCAAGGUAGAUCUCCUUGCUGCAGCAGACGCCUACGUCGCCGCCCAGACCAUAGGCAACCUCUCCGCCCUCGCCGCCUUCGCCGGCACGGACGGCUGGACCUACGUGCAAAACAACCAGCCCACCGACCCCUCCUCCCGGGCCAGCGUGCUCACCAAGCCCCUUGUCAUCGACCACCGCCGCACCAACACGGACCUCGUCCAGUGCGCGACCUACACCGAGCUCAUCUCCGCAUCCGGCCCUUACGUCAUCGGCACGCAGAUCCACCACUCCCCGUCGAACCCCUCAAAGAUCUCCCUCGUCGACAGCGUCGCCUCGACGCGCGGCAGCUGGCUCUUCGACGCCGCCAAGACCCUCUCAUAUGCGCGCGCCGAGUCCUGGGCGCCCAUCCCGAAGCCCCGGCAGGACGCGCGCGCGGCCAUCAAGGCCGCGGGGGACGCGUACAUGGACAUGUGGAGCGACGCGGCGGCGCACCUGGCCGUGCCGUGGGGCGCGCCGUGCGCGCGGCUCGAGGGCGGGGCGUACACGGACGGGAAGGGCGCGGGGUCUGAUACGUGCUCGCUGGGCAUCCCGUCGAACCACUCGCAGGCGCCCAAUUCGCGCAGGCGGUACGUGGUGGACGAGGAGAUGGGAUCCGUCAGCAUCCUGUGCGUGUGGGAGCACAUGAUGGACGCGGCCGACUCGCACGAGUUCAGGCUCGAGGGCGGGAGGCUGCGCUACGUGCACACCAUGACGGAGUGCGGGGGGAGGACGUGCCGGCUGUGA